AUGGUGGAAGUGUCUCUAUGCGGUUGCUUCCUCCCCUCAGCCUUUCUUCUAGCAGCCAGCGAGGAAGCAGGGACCCUGAAAGUGAGGCAAGAUCCUGCCCAGAUCCUGGCCCCACUGGGGGGCUUGGUGGAGCUGUCCUGCCAGAUCAACACUGCCCAGCGCUGGGAGCAGCUCCGUGUAGAGUGGCAGAGGGACAGCCCCCUGAUGGUUUUCUGCCAGGUGGUGCUGAACAAAACCAGUGUCUCCAACUGCUGCAGGGGCGUGGGGGUCUGUGAUGACGCCCGCCUCAGCUUCACUUGGCACCCCCCUAAGUUCACCCUGAGGAUGAGCAACAUCAAUGAGGAUGACAUGGGGUGGUACGUGUGCAAAGCCAUUGUGGAGAUCCCGGUGUAUCUGGAUGCCACAGGCAACGGGACGAUGCUGAAUACCUCAGAUCUAGUGUUGUGGCUGGGCCUGGCUGGAGCGUUGGCCAUCACCGUGCUGCUCCUGCUGCCGGCCGUGAUCUGCUGCUACAAACGCAGGCGCAGAGAUCCAGGGCAGGCAAUCUAUGUGAACGUUCUGUUCCGCAAAAAGGAAGAGGGAAAGAAAGACAGCCCCCGAGCCAGUAGUGAGAUGAAGCAGACCAGCCUCUACAUCCAGGAGUUCCAGAGAAGGGGGCACAGCUGGAAGCCUCCAGUUACAGAACGGAGCCCUGGCCCCACGAAAGCUUCCAAAAAGGCUGCCUCCUUCAAGCAGAAGGCAACGGAAAGGCCAUGAAGAUCCAUGCAGCACUCGGAUGCCCCCAAUCAGAGCCCUACCCCCUUUGCUUCUAUGGUUCUAACCCUGCCCCUUUCCACCUGGACCCUGGGGCUGCCUCUCACUGGGGCUAAGUGCCGCCCAUGUGCUCGAGGCUGCUCACAGCACAGCAUGGCUAAUAGCC